AUGAAUCUGGACGAGAUUAUUGAACAACACCUCGAUAGCAAUGCGUCGGGACACUUGGCACCCUCAAAUGGCAUCCUCACCCAGGCCUCUCAGGGAUGGGAGCCAAGCAACCUCGUCUUGCUUGAGAACGGCUACGUGAAUGCAGGCUUGUCGGACGAUGACUCGCGCAUUUUUACAUUGGACAAGGUCGAGUACCAAAUUCCAAGUCGACUCUCGGCCUUGGCAGUCUCGAACAAUAUCCUUUUUAUGGCCAUGGAGACCAUGCAUCUCCUGCGCAUCGACUUGGAUAGGUCACACGAAGUUGAAGACAUUGAAAUCCCGAGAAAGAUGUCAGAGGGCAAGAUCUACAAGAUGUUCUUUGAUCCUACAGGACGGCACUUGAUUAUUACAACAGAAACGGGAGACAACUACUAUCUUUUCGCGAAAUGGAAGAAAGCCAAGCUGCUGUCGAAAAUCAAGGGAAUUGUGAUUGAGUCGAUUGCAUGGAACCGCUCCGCUGACCGUCCAACAGAGUCAUCAACAAAGGAGUUUUUGAUCGGAACCAGGAAUGGCCUUAUUUUCGAGGCGGAACUAGAGCCAACGGCAGAACUUUUCAAGAAGGAGGAGCGCUAUUUUAAGCAGGUGUAUUCUAUCCAGUCGAACAUGCCUAUAUCUGGUCUCCGCAUGGAGCAGUUUCCCGCCAGUCUGCGCAAAUACGUCGUUGUAGCAGUAACGCCAACUCGCAUCUACCAGUUCAUCGGAACCGUCUCCCCUAAUAACUCGAACGGUAUCAUUGGCGGCUCAGAGGACAAGGCCAUGUUUGAAGGCCUUUUCUCCAAAUACGAAGUCAACCCUGGAUUUUCGGAACUGCCGGGCGAUCUUCCUUACAGUCAGCUUCACUUUUUCAGUCCUUUCCAGGAUCUUCAGUACCAAGGAGUGGCGAAGACAUUUGCGUGGUUGACAGGACCAGGAGUGUACCACGGAAACCUUGUUUUCGGAUCCCAAAAUGCAGGAGACUCCGUUAUUGAUACCCCUCAAUUGCUGCCUUACCCAGCAACACGCCUCGAGCUGGACGCAUCAUCUGCAGUGUCAGAGAUUCCAAUUGCCAUUGCCUUGACAGAGUUCCAUUUUAUUCUCCUCUACAAGGAGCGUGUCAGGGCAGUCAACCAGCUUAACGAUCAGAUUGUCUUCGACGAACUGAUCCCGUUGAAGGCAGGGGAGGAAGUUAUUGGAAUGUCUGUCGAUACCACGAAGAACACAUUCUGGAUCUAUACGGGAUGGUCAAUGUUUGAGCUCGUUAUCACCAAGGAGGAUCGUGAUGUGUGGACCCUUUAUCUCGAAAAAAAACAAUACGAUCUGGCCCUCCAAUAUACCAAGAACCCCGUUCAAAAGGACCGCGUGGUGACAUUGCAGGCGAACCAUAACUUCUCCCAAGGCCGCUACAUGCUUUCUGCUAAGUAUUAUGCACAGUCCACAGUUGCCUUCGAAGAGGUCGCUCUCAAGUUUGUGGAGCGUGACGAGCGGGAUGCCCUCCGGAGUUAUCUCCUCGCCAAAGUCGACAAACUGAGGAAAGGGGAUAUUACACAAAAAACCAUUAUCUGCACAUGGCUGGUCGAGAUUUACUUGAGCAAGAUGAACCAACUGGAGGACUUGGCAGCUUCGUCAGCAGCAGAUUCAGACGUCCAGAAUUUGCAGGCAGAGCAAACAGUUUUGGAAGACGAAUUCAAGGGCUUCCUUGAAACCAACAAGAUGUACUUGGACCACAAGACAACAUAUAAGCUGUUGGCGUCUCAUGGCCGUACGGCCCAAUUGCUGUUCUAUGCCGUCUUGAUUGGUGACUAUGAGCGCGUAAUCUCGCACUGGGUUCAGGAGAAGAACUAUAAGAAUGCCCUCGAGGUUCUUAGCAAGCAGGACUCACUGGAUACGUAUUACAGAUUCUCUCCUGUGCUGAUGGAGAAUGCACCCUACGAGACGGUCAGUGUGUGGAUGCGCCAGCCAAACCUGAACCCGAGGAAUCUGAUCCCUGCCCUGUUGAAGUACGACCACAAGUCUGUGGAGGCAGGCAAUCAGAACCAGGCCAUCCGGUAUCUUUCAUAUGUAGUGACACAGUUGGAGAACACCGACCCUGCGAUCCACAACUUUUUGUUGACCCUGUAUGCCACCCAGCCCACCCGGGAUGAAACUGCACUCCGGAACUUCCUGGCCACCGAGGGUCGAGCGAUGCAUUACAACUUGGAUUAUGCUCUGAGAAUCUGCACACAGAACAACAGGAUCCAGAGUUGUGUCCACAUUUUCAGCAGCAUGGGACUUUAUGGCGAAGCUGUCGAUCUUGCGCUCAAGCAUAAUGACUUGGACUUGGCUCGGAUCAAUGCGGACAAGCCUGAGGACGACGAUAUGUUGCGCAAGACACUGUGGCUCAAGAUUGCGCGUCAUGUCGUCAAAGAGAAGAAGGAUAUCAAGGCGGCGAUGGAGUUCUUGUCGAACUCGGACCUGCUCAAGAUUGAGGACAUUUUGCCGUUCUUCCCCGACUUUGUGCUGAUUGACGAUUUCAAGGAGGAGAUCUGCAAGGCGCUGGAGGAAUAUAAUGUCCACAUUGACGAACUCAAGACGGACAUGGACGAGGCGACAAAGAGUGCAGAGAAUAUCCGUAUUGAUGUCCGUGAGCUCCGGUCUCGGUUUGCGAUUGUUGCGUCGACGGAGCGGUGUACGUCAUGCGAUUUCCCGUUGUUGACGCGACAGUUCUACAUCUUCCCCUGUCAGCAUACCUUCCAUGCGGACUGUCUGAUCAAGAAGCUGACGCCGUUCUUGUCGAACUGGCAGUUGAAGCGGUUGGAUGAGUUGCAGGAGCAGAUCCAGAACGAGAUGCAAAACCAACAAAAAAUGAUGCUGAUGAACGGACACCAUUCGCUCCAGCAACUGACGGUCGGAAACGCGCCUGCGACUGCUGUCAAUGGAGUAGAUGCUGGCGCGGGACUGGGUCAAUUGCCGUUGAUUGGACAGACUGGGGCUGCGGUAAUGGCGUUGGGUGGGGCCAUUGGAGCUGGAGGCAAGAUGAUGAUGAACGGAGGAGUCGCAAUUGCGACUACGGCCGCCGGUACUGCUGCAGGAGUGUUCAAGGAUGUGAUCUUUGCAGAUGGCCCUGGGGGAGGAUUUGGGCUCGGACUCGGUGUUGGAGGUCCUGGUAGUGGUGUCGGAGCGAAUGGUAUUGGUGCACCCGGUGGUGGUGGAGGGGAUGAUAUGGCUGUUGUUGUUCCAAAGCUGGAGUUGCUGAGGGAUGAGUUGGACGAUUUGGUGGCGUCUGAGUGUCUGUUGUGUGGUGAGCUCAUGAUCAAGACGAUCGAUCAGCCCUUCUUAGCGGACGAUGAGAUUGAGCUUGAGUUGUCCUGGGGUGUCCAGUAA